UGCUGUUGACAUGAGACAAGUCGUGCCUCUGCUUCUCCAGUGAUCGGGGAAAUCAGGAAUAUAUCAAUGAUACACACCAGCUUUGGAGUCGUGCCUAUAGGCGGACUUGCUUAAAUGUCAGGAUGCUCAUCGUUUGACGGGAACAGAGGCUGCGCCGACUGAACACUUCUCUCCGUGUGUGUAACUGGCUGAAAUUAUGUUCCCACAUAUUUUCAUUUUGUGUGUGAUAUUGUUCAGCACCAUGCACAUCGCGUCAUCUUUGGAACUGCAGCUUGGCAUGCCAAAUGUUUGUGCUGAACAGGAGAUGUCCAUGUUGGGGCUCCGUCAGCCUUGUGUCCAGGCUUUUUCGCGCAUGGUGAAAGUAUGGAAGCAGGGCUGCACAAACCACCAAUGGUGUAUGGGUUAUGAGAGGAGGAUAGCAUACUACACAGCAUAUAGGCAAGUAUACAACAUGGAUCUGCACACAGUCUAUAAGUGCUGCCCCGGCUGGACUCAGAAGGGGGAAGAGAUGGGCUGUCUGCAUAGAGUGUGCGGCGCAAAUACUUGUUUCAACGGUGGGAGAUGUGCAGAAACUGGAGACCAUGUAUGUCAGUGUCCAUCGGGUUUCAAAGGGACAAGAUGCCAGUAUGAUGUUAACGAAUGUGAAGUGGAUAAAGGCGGCUGCGAGGGCUACUGCUGCAACACCAUCGGCACCUACUACUGCAAGUGUCCUGAAGGCAGUAGACUGGGACCAGAUGCUAAAGCCUGUCAUGAUGUUAAUGAGUGUGAGGAGCUCAAUGGAGGAUGCCAGCAAACUUGUGUCAACACACGGGGCUCUUAUCACUGUGAGUGCAGCGAAGGCUUCCGCAUGCACACUGAUGGUCGGACCUGCAUUGCUGUGAAUUCUUGCUCUGUGUUGAACGGCGGAUGCGAGCACGUAUGCUUGGACAUGGGGAACAAUCACUACAAAUGUGAGUGUCGGAAGAACUAUCAGCUGAAGAGAGAUGGAAGACACUGUGAAUUGAGGGACCCCUGUCAGGAGAGGAAUGGAGGCUGCGCCCAGCUGUGUGUUUCAGAAAAUGACCGAGUUCACUGCAGCUGCCGACCUGGUUUUACUCUGGCCGGAGAUGGCAAGAACUGUGACGACAUUGAUGAGUGCAGCUCAGGCCGUGCCAAGUGUUCCCAUGGUUGUGUCAACAUGCUGGGCUCCUUUAGCUGCGUGUGUCAUCCGGGUUUUGAACUCGGUGCUGAUGGGAAACAGUGCUACCGCAUUGAGAUGGAGAUUGUGAACAGCUGUGAGAAGGACAAUGGCGGUUGCUCUCAUCAUUGUGAACAUACCACCAAUGGCCCCCUGUGCUCCUGCAACCAAGGCUACCAGCUAGACAGAGACAGAAAGACCUGUGUAGACAGUAAUGAGUGUGUCAGUGAGGAGUCCUGCUGCAGCCACUUCUGUAGAAACUAUCCAGGCGGCUACGAGUGCAGCUGCAGAGCCGGCCACAGACUAAAUCCAGACGGCUGCGGCUGCGAUGACAUUGAUGAGUGCCUGGCAGAAACCUCAGGAUGUGAACACUACUGUGUCAACACUCUGGGAACAUAUGAGUGUUUCUGUCGACUGGGCUUCCGUCUGGAACAGGACCAGCACUCUUGCAUCUCCCUGUAUGGUAGAGAACUGGAAGAGGAAGAAGACGAAGAGGAAGAAGAAGAGGACCAGCUGGAGGCUGAUAGAUUACCAGACCUGCUGUUCCGCAAGGCUCCUCAGCUGGUGCAGUACACAGCAGCCUUACGCUCCCAUUAUGGCAGUGAGGAUGAUGACGGUGGUGACAGUGAAAAAGAUUUAGAGAUCCAGAGAGAGCGCAGGGGGGAGCUUCGGGCAGACAGCCACAUAGUGUGUCUUGAUGGCUCAUUUGGGGAUGACUGCAGUGUGAGCUGUGAGGACUGCAUGAAUGGAGCGUGCAGCGAGAGCAGAGACAGAUGUGAUUGUUCGCCCGGCUGGACGGGGAUCGUCUGCAAUGAGACUUGUCCACAGGGGAGCUAUGGUCAGGCCUGCAACAGUCUGUGCCGCUGUCAGAAUGGAGGCUCGUGUGACCCUGUGACUGGGAAGUGUUUGUGCCCCCUCGGGGUACAAGGCCUGCUGUGCGAGGAUGGUUGCCCAAAGGGAUAUUUUGGAAGACACUGCAGAGGAAAGUGCAACUGUCCCAACAAUGGACCCUGCCAUCGUCUGUAUGGGGCCUGCCUCUGCUCCCCAGGAUUAUACGGCCGAUUUUGUCACCUCACUUGUCCCAGGUGGACGCACGGCGCUGGCUGUUCCAAGGAAUGUGACUGUGUUCAAGAACAUUCCACUGGCUGUGACCCCAAAACAGGGAGCUGUUUCUGUAAAGCUGCAUACCACGGACCACAGUGUGAGAAAGAAUGUGAGCCAGGCUUCUUCGGUGCAGGCUGUGAGCAGCCAUGUGACUGUCCAGGUGGAGGGUCAUGUGACCCCAGGACUGGAGAGUGCAGCCAGCAAUGUCCUGCAGGCCUCCAUGGAGACAAGUGUCAGCUGGCCUGCCAAGCUGGAAGCUUUGGAGAGAACUGCCGUCUGCCCUGUGACUGCAGAGGAGCUCCUUGUGACCCCAUAACUGGACAGUGCAUGUGUCCUGCUGGGAAGAUGGGACAAUCGUGCCAGGAAGACUGCCCUGAUGGAUUCUGGGGGUUAAAGUGUCAGUCUUCUUGCCCUGAUUGUGAGAACAGAGGCUCCUGCAACAAGCAGACUGGCAUAUGCGACUGCAAGUCAGGCUUCAUGGGAAGGCUCUGUGAAAAUGAGUGUCCUGCAGGGUACCAUGGACCAGGAUGCCAAACACGCUGUUCUUGCCACCCUGAUGCCAGUUGUGACCCACAGACUGGACACUGCAUCUGCCCUCCUGGCAAAACAGGCCAUGACUGUGCAACAUCAUGUGAGCCUGGUUUCUGGGGCCAAGGCUGCAGCACUAAAUGCCAGUGCCGGGACAGCUCACUGGGCUGUGAUUCAGUCAGCGGUCAGUGUGUGUGUGAGGACGGAUACACCGGAGACCACUGUGAAAAGAAGUGCAUGAGUGGAACUUAUGGUCAGGGUUGCGUCCAGCAGUGUCAGUGUCAGAAUGAAGCUCUCUGUGACCAUGUGAGUGGCGCCUGCACAUGCUCCUCUGGAUAUGCUGGCACUUACUGCGAAAAAAUGUGCCCGGACGGCUUUUACGGUCUUGACUGUGGCCAGAUGUGCGAGUGCAGGAACGGUGCCCGCUGCCACCACAUCACAGGAGCCUGCCUAUGCACCGCCGGCUGGGCAGGACCACACUGCAUUCUGGAGUGCCCAGAAGGUCAUUUUGGAGAGCAGUGCAGUCAGACCUGUGAGUGUCAGAACGGAGGCGGGUGCAGCCACGUCACCGGGCGAUGCAGCUGCAGGGCCGGGUGGACCGGGGUCAGGUGCCAGCUGCCAUGUCCUGCUGGACAGUAUGGGGAACAUUGUUCUGGCCAAUGUCUGUGUCAGAAUGGAGGCUCUUGUGACGGCGUGAGCGGCCAGUGUUCCUGCACACCGGGGUGGACCGGAGCUGCUUGUGAGUUAGAAUGUGAAGAAGGACAUUAUGGAGAGAACUGCACUCAGGCCUGCAGCUGCAUGAAUGGAGGGAGAUGUGACAGAGUGACAGGAAGAUGUGCAUGUCUGUCUGGUUGGAUGGGAGAGCUCUGUCAGUCAGCUUGUCCUGAGGGAUUCUUCGGGGAGCGCUGCGAGCAGAGGUGCGACUGCGUCCACGGUCUGAGCUGCCACCAUGUGACGGGCCGCUGUGAGUGCGGGCCAGGCUGGAGGGGAGCCAGGUGUGACAAAUCCUGCCUCCCGGGUUUCUACGGCGCUUCCUGUGCCCAGCGGUGUCGGUGCCAGACUGGAGCGUCCUGCCACCAUGAGACGGGGAGUUGCGGCUGCCCGGCUGGACUCGCAGGGCCUGGCUGCGAGAAAACCUGUCCUGCUGGCAUGUUCGGGCAGAACUGCAGCCAGCUGUGUCGAUGUUCAGGAGACCAGGAGCAGUGUCAUCCUGUGACGGGGAAAUGUAGCUGCUUACCUGGUUACUACGGGCAACGCUGUGAGCUACGAUGUCGAACUGGGACUUUUGGGCCAAACUGCAAGUCCAGGUGCAGCUGCAUCAAUGGUGGUCGCUGUGACUUCAGGACUGGGACUUGUUACUGUCCUCUGGGCUUUAUUGGAGCCGACUGCAGCUCGAGUUGUCCAAGCGGGUACUAUGGGAAGGACUGUACCAAGUUGUGCUCCUGUGGGGAAGGAGGGCAGUGCCACCCAGCAACUGGGAGGUGUAUCUGUGGCCCUGGUAGGAUGGGACAGUCCUGCCAACAAGCGUGUCCUAGGGGGCGCUAUGGCCUGCAGUGCAGAAACGCAUGCAGCUGUCAGAACAGGGGUUUAUGUGACCCGGUUGAUGGGUCCUGUAAGUGUGGACUGGGCUGGACUGGACCCCGCUGUGACACAGCCUGUUCGCAGGGAAAAUAUGGGCUUGAUUGUGCACAGGACUGUCCAUGCCUCAACAACGGGACCUGUGACCAUUUCACUGGCAGCUGCAGCUGUACUGCUGGAUACUACGGCCACUCCUGUCAACACAAGUGUCCUUCUGGGUAUUUUGGAGUGAACUGUGCCCAAACCUGUGACUGUAAGGUGGGACAAGAUUGUGACCAUGUGACAGGCAGAUGUGUGUGUCCACCAGGUUACUAUGGUCCUCAAUGCCAAAGACGUUGUGAAGCCGGCAGCUUUGGGUCGAGUUGUGCAAAGUCAUGUGACUGCGCUGGUGAAGCCCCAUGUGACCCAUCGACUGGACGGUGUUUGUGUCCCCCAGGAAGGGCAGGACAGAGAUGUGAAAAAACCUGUGCUGGAGACCGUUUUGGCCCCGGCUGCUCCCUGCAGUGCCAGUGCUCCCACAGGGCUCGCUGUGAUGGGGUGACUGGGCGAUGUCUUUGCCCGCUCAGCUGGCUUGGCCCAACUUGUAGUGAAGCGCUUCUACACCAAACUCCAGGAGUGCUGAACUUCUCUGUGUCCCAGAGAAAGAGAAGAGCAGGCAGCAAAACCACAUAACCCAAGCAGAGGUGCAAACUGCUGGCUGGACGUUCAAACGCAGGGCUUGGCUCGGCGAAGCAUUGCUCAGAUCAUCUUGGUGAAGGUGAUGUUGGUAUUAAAAUGUUCUGUGAAGCUGGUAUUCGGCUGUCAGAAGCUGGCACUCCAUCACCAAGCCCUGGAGCUCCAGACAAUCAGCCAGUGGACCUGGCAUGUGAGAGGCCUUCAAAGGACCAUAAACUCAAACCUCCUCUAGUCUGUCUGAGAUUUAAAGUCCAGGCCUGCAAUACACGCAAAUACCUGAAUCACAUUUGAUACUAUUGCUUGAUUGAAAGUGGAUAAUUUUCUUUCCAGUUUGGCAUUUAAUGUGCUGUUAAGGGUUCUUAAGGGCAUUCGGACCAUGCAUGUGAACCUUUACAACCUCUGCUAAAAUGUGUUUUUUUUUUCUGUGUGUCCCUAAGAAGCUUGAGCAUGAAAGAAUUCCAAGCAUAUUUCUGGUGAAAAUUAAAUGUCUAAAACAGAUUUAGAAAGGAUAUGGGUGACCUAUUCUUAGGGGAAAAAAAUGUGCAUACAGGAAGUGGAGAAGUAAGGUACAAAAAUAUAGUCCAAUAAACAAAAAAUAGAAGAGAUUCUCAUGUAAUUCACUUACAUCACACUGAAAUGAGUCUCGGUCAUUGCUAUACGGGCAAAAUCUUACAUUUCUUCUUUUCUAUGUGUCUUUCUUAUAAUUUGCUGAUAGAUUUUUAUGUUUUGACUUUCACAUAUUUCCCAACACAAUGCAGCUCAGAUAACUGGUUUGUUUGAGAUCAAAACAGUUGCUUGGUUUGGGACACAAGAAUGAAAUGAAGCCCACCUUAACUUAUUUAACUGUCCUUAAAUCUACUUUUUUGUUCAAUGAAACAUCUGAUUGUGACAUGAAGAAGCUCCAUUCAUCUGUACUGCAGCAGUUUUCUUAUUCGUCGCAAAACCCUGCAGGUGAAACUUGCAGCGUUGCACUUCUUCUUUCAGAUCUGUUUUUACUGAGCCAGCUGUGAUACCGAGUUAAAAUGAAGAAAACACGAUGUUACAGAUUUUAUUUCAGGAACGCUUAUCCACUUUUUUUUUUUUUUUUACAGGUGUGCAAUAUUACAAGCCCUUUUUAUUACAAGAUAAAAUCACAGCUAUCACUUACAAUCCGUGUGCAUUUUAUUUGAAUGAGCGUGUUUUUUAUUUGUCAUUAGUAAUGUAUCUCAGGUCAGUGGCAGUUAUUUCAGUUGUAACCUACUGUGCUCAUUUCCUGACUUAUCAUUGGUGCUAUAUUGUAUAAAACUGAUAAAUUCCAUUCAUCAGUCAAUCCAAUAUAUAUAUAUAUAUAUAUAUAUUUUGUUGAUGUAUUUUAUUCAUUUGUGGUUUUGUUUUGAUAGGAAAGGAAAGAAAGCCAUGAACCAAAUAAAUAACACAUCCAUGGA